AUGUUUCGUCGGAAUAAGAAGUCGGAGACCGCAGCCGAAAAGUCUGUUAGGAAAUUCUUCGCUCACAAAGACAUUCCACAGCGUAUCAAACAUUUAAAAAACUUAGUCAGUAAGAACAUUUCUUGUCCCCUCAUCUUUCUAGAAAAUUUGCCGACAUCACAGAUCCAAAAAUUUUUUUCAGAUUACCAUUCCCAGAUUUUUUGCACCUUCUUCGAUUCGUUCGACUCAGAAGUUCGGCCGAAAUGUAAUUGAAUUUCUUUUCCCUUAGUAAAUAGGUUCUUUUGCUCACACAAAGGACCUAGAAAACCACCUGUUUAUUUUGGAGGUGACCUUUUGCACUCUCACGAACAUCCUUUUUAGCGGAUUCUGGCCUAUUUGCCGGAGCUUGUUCGUUCACACUGGCAGUAUACGUGCAUUUGUGAGUCCGCACUCAAGAAUAAUAUCUUUAGUCGGAAUAAUGCGCGACCUUCUUCAUCCUAAGAACGUUUUCCAGUUGCAAGUAUACGGCGUUCGAAUUUUCUUAAUAUGGUAUCAAAUUCUUGGAAACAAUGCUACUGAAGAAUGCAGAGAUCUCUUUAUACAUCUUAUACCGGAGAUCGGUGCAGUCCACGAUUUCUAUAGGAGAGCAAAAGGUAGAGCUGUAUUUUCUAGUAAUAAUUUUUAAACUAGCUCCACAAAAGUUGGACAAAGCGCUUCCAACACAGCGUCAGACUUUCUCUUCUGGCGCAAGUUUUCAGGAACCAACGCAAAUCUUGUCGCCGGGCAGCACCGAUGACGUAAGUUUUAGUUGCCACAUAACCACUCGUUGUCUGAAUUCACUCUUCGAAUUGGGUACAAAGUACCCAUGCGUAAUCGCUUCCCUGCCGAUUUCUUUUUGCUCGUACUAUUUUAAAAGUGGUUUGGUUAAGAAGCGUAGUUGUCUUUAUUCUGCACUAGUUUGAGGGCGCAGGUCAUUCAUAUUUCCACGGAGUUUGUCUAGCGUUGUUGCUUCCCGUCCUGACUUUCGUUUUUCCACUGACGCUGAGUCGUAGUAUGCUAUGUUUUGAUUUAUCAACAUUACUAGAAAUCCUGAAGUAUCGACUUUGAAAUCUGAUUAGGCUGUUUACCAUAUUUUUUCCUCAGAAGUUUAGGGCUUCGGAAAACAGCUGUCAAAACAGUUCAUUCGCCUACAUAGUUGUGCAUGUUUUUUAGAUUACCUGGGGUCUCUUAUCAUUAAACUUAUUUAAAACCUUUGCCUGACUUUGCUUUUUACAUUUUCCUCUUUUCGUCUUCAACAAUUAGACCCCAAUACCUUGCUCAUUUCGUUUGCCCGCUAUUUCGAUCAUGAGUGCCUUGCACAGGGGUUGUACGUAAUCUACCUCUUUCAUCCUGUCAUCUGACGUUAUUUUCUCCGAUUUGCGACUUAAGUUGGCAAUUAGUAUGCACCCUUGCCAAUAUAGUAUCGAACAUGUUAUUAACAACACAAUUCACCACCUUACUUUGCAUUAUGUCGAAGGUGAAGGAUCAAAACACACAGCUUCUGCGCUACCUUCUUCGAUUUACCGUGACCGAGAUCGAUAAAGUGAAGUGGACUAACCCGAAUUUUGACCAAAGGCCCAUGUGCUUCUGGUUCCUAUUUGAACAGCUGAAGCGGUACUAUUUUCCAGCAAUCUUUCCAAGGUAAGUCACUGUAUUAUAUUUUAACCCGUAUUUUAAAACCCCGGGAAUCUUUGCGGGGUUAAUUGAUCUUGUUCUUCUAUGUUCUCCAGAACAAUACAAGAACUCGGUAGCUUGGUCUUUUUGGUUUAGAAUUUCGACUGACUACACACUUUACGACGAUGGAAAACUCCCACCAAUCAUAACAGAUUUGGCAUCCUAUAAACUCGCACCCGACGGCUAUCCGACUUCUGACGCCUGCCUUGCUGCCUAUCAAGAAGAGGUUGUCCGUUGGAUCUCUGAAUUUGUUUAUUUGGGUCCACGUGCGAUCCCGUAAGCUCAAAAUAUCUUUCUCAUACAGUCUUUUAGCUUUCUUAAGCCCCCCCUCGACCUCAUUCUAAUUUUCUGAAUCCUUCUUUUUCCGUGUUUAGCUAUUUCUUUCUGCACACCAGCCUUCAUGCAUUUCCACCCAACAGCAGUCUAGAUAGGGUAGUAGUACAGUCCGCACAAACAAAAUAUUUCGCUCUCGGUUUUCAGAAUGCAAUUUCUACUUUUGGAUUUUUGCUCUGAGGUGCCAGUUAUAUAAUGACAAUGUUCACUCCCGAAAAGUAUUCUGUAUGUAUAUAGUAUAGUGGAGGUGUCUGUUCUCUGGUGCACUCUUACGUUUCAAGAUUUUCUCUGAGCCUCCUUUGUGUUCCCUUGCGAGCAGUGUAGUGGCUGGCCAACGUUUCAAUUUAUUAAUUAUAUCCUUAAAUACUUAUUUUUCUGGCCAAAUUCUACCUUUCCUGCGAUGCCUGUCCGCUAAGAAGUGUAAGUGGUCAGCUUUGGACAACGUAAACAUAUCAGCAUAUCAGUGAGUAUAUACCACAUUAUUUCCUCUGGGCAUCCCAUACCAAACUUUAUUUCCUCCCCCUAGUUGUGUUUUUCGGUGUUCAGAAGUACAGAAGCAUGCUGGAAAUGCUAUUACAACUAUUUAGGCUGCAACGGGCUUAGCAGGUGGAAUUUUUAAACUAAGUGAUUUACCUUAUUUCUCAUUGUUUCUGGUAAUUAAUAGCAAACUACAUCUUUAUCUAUCAACUGUGGCUAUUUCCAAUCGAAUGUCCAACCUAUCCUUGCCUCUCACACUGUUAUGCAAGGCUGGUAUGACCGAUGACAUGUAGUUGCUUUUUCGCCGUAUAGUGUCCGUCAUGCACAUACUUUUGAGUCCUCACAAAGUAUAAAAAACCAUUGGAACGCCGGUACCGUUGUUUAAUGGCUGGGACACCGUACUUUUCACCACAAUGCUCACUCUGGAGCCCUGUCAUCCUCGAUUAUCCUUGACAAAGCUUAUCGAGAUGUUGUCAGAACGAAAAUUAUUGUUACGCUUUCUUUGUUUAGAGUGGUUUCGGACAUGUUAAUUUUAGACCAGUGGCCACCUUAGAGUAUCCCUCUACAAUCCAGUUUUCUUAGUGAAUUGUCUAUAGAGUCGUCAUGACGAACCUGAAGUGUCCGAUAAUUUUUACGUCUUAGGUACUAUAUGUGACGUCUAUGCUUCUGGGCACACGAAAUUGUUUAUCUAACCCCCAGGAGCAUCACACUUUCCCGGAAAGCUUUGAUAUGCGCACCUAAAACUAUCUUUUCUAGGCAAAAUAACAUUGUAUAUGAAGACAGAGGGGACUUAAAGGGCCAUCUCUGGUUUAUAAGCUGUCGCCAGCCCGCCAUACCCAAUCCCAAGGUGGGCAACACCUGGGCCUCGAUCCCGCGACUUGUUGGCUAGGUGUCCAGCGCCAUAACAAUUGAGCCACGCGCUCGUUGUCCUGUCAGUUGCGAUCGGGUGUAUACAAUGGUCAAGAGCUCAGUGGACUUCUAAUCAACAGGUCGCUAGGUCGAGCCCCACGUGUUGCACACCUUGGGAUUAGGUGUGGCUGGCUGAAACGGUUAACAAGCCAGAAAUGGUCAUCCCAGUCUCCCUUGUCUUUGUCGGUAAUGCUAUUGUGCCCAUAUAACGCGUGCCGCUGUGCGGCUGCUAGUUGGGCUCGAGAGAGAACCCUAAGGCACAACGGGACGAGCGAGUUCCGCAGCGCGAUCGGUGAGGGCCCCUCGACGAUUCUAUUUUUCCAUUUCUAGACUACACACAAGCACUGGAGAUUCACCAAAUGUCACCGUUGCAGACCGCAGCGAACUCUCAGGCGCCAGCGAGUCAGGUUCCUCCGGCAUGGAUUUUGGCGUUGGAGACCUCACUUUUGAUAUGCGGAACACGAUACCCCAGACUUCAGGUAUGGUCUCAACUUCAUUUUUCGGGUCGAACUUCCACCUGUGAUGGUUCUCUAUCCUGUCAUGUACGUAUGUCUUACAGGCGCGAUGUCACGCAGCACUUCAAUUUUUUGCGCUUCCUUAACCACUUGCCACUUAUCCUUGAUCGUACUCAUUCCUACGCCAGCUCAUUGGACCUCAAGCUUUUUAUUCCUCUCCUACACAUACGGGUGGGCUUCCAUUUUGGCCUCAUCGAGUUCGCUUUUGGGUUCGCGCUAAGGACGCGAACGUAUAAACACACGCACGCCGUCAUAUUUGCAAAAUUUUCCCUGACGUAACACUUCCCCUAACAGUUUCUCCGCGGACGUCUUACCUAACACCAAAAUCAUGCUCCCACUGUCUACGCUUACAGGUACCCGACGCCUUAUGGGCUCAUCAAUCCUGAGAUCUGUUGUGUACCACCUGAUAGUCUGUAGCGCUAGAGUCUGUUCCCAAGGCGCCGUCAUUUCUCGGCAAUACAGGCAGCGCGUUCAGCGAAGGAAGACGAAUCGUCAGAUGCUGGUCAUAAUGAGGUCUUUGGGGCCGAGAGUCGGCAUUAGCAGAGGUGAUUCCUCCCUCUCAUUUGACCAUCUUUGCCAUGUCUCCCUUGUAAGCAGACUGAUUAGUCCUCCCUUCAUUUGUACUACUUAAUGACCAGUUCGGACUACAUUGCCUAAUCGCCUUUACUAAUUGAUAUACCAGGCCUUCGUGUCAAGAUCUUAACAAUUCGUACUGAGGAAAGCAGAGAUCUCGCAGAUUUUGGACCGAACACAGUUUUCGGUCUGUUUAGGAAACUAUCAAUGAUAAACCACAAUCGGAGGUUGUGCGAACCUUUAAGCAGCCCACGAGUUAAUGAUUGAAAGAGAUCACGCUGGGUAGCAUUGCCAUCAUCGCAAACGCAUACUAGAACCGCUUUGGCUUUUUAAAAUGACACAUUCUGUUUUAGGAUUGGACUGGGCUGGAUCCAUAUUGGGUAUAGCUAGCGCUGUACCGGAGGGCACAAAAGAAAUUCUUCUUUCUGAGAUGGGCACCAUUUCAUCCGUGUCUUGCGUUGCUGAUUACUUAAUUCGUUAAAUGUUGAAGGAUUGAUUCCGCACACAGUCAAUGCGUCAACACAACAUCGAGUCUGCAGUGAAGAGCAAAAUCUGAAAUUCUUGUUUUACAAUACAAGAAAGCGACCGCUUGUUAGCUGAAACCCCACGCAAGUCGUCUAUCUCUGGCCAGUGGUAUUUAAGCGAAGUUAUAUGCGCGUUCGAUUGGUCGGGCAGCCAUUCUUUGUACCAUUUCAGUAGUUAAUGCAUGUACUGCUAGUCAAAAAUUGUCGGUCUUUGUUCGCUAAAGCCGUCGCAAGAUUGAACAAAACAUCAGGCAAUCAGGCACACGUUUAAGUUAAGAUGAACAAACUCUUAUCCUCUUCAAAAAAGUACAUGGUAGACUCAACUACCUUUCUUAAAAAACAUGCCUGUCUUGAGUCGUCUGUCUUUGCGACUUGCUCUAUUUUCUAUUCGAUAUCUCCACAGGCGAGAUUUUUGGCUGCUAUUACUCCGUACCAAUCUGUUACCUGAUCUUGAUGAUGACUCAAUAGAAUCAGUAAUGGUUUUGACCAUUUCACAGACACCGUUACUUUACUGAGAUUACCUUUUUGAAGAUGUGCACCUCCUCUUAUGAGGUGAAGAUCCCAGACCAAGGACUUGCUCUUCUAACGAAGUUCGCUCUCAAAACGUUCAACUAAAGAGUCCCUAAACGGGCGCUCAGCUCCCAGAUUUUUAUAUAUGCGGGUAGAAAAAUGACCAAAGAGACCUUGUUUGAGUGUUGCACGACAGCGUCGAAGGCUGAUGAGUGAAGAAAAAGUUGGCUAUGGUGAUUAUUCAUGAUGUGAUCAUCAAAUGGCGUCCACAUGGACAAUUAUUUCCUCUCACAAGUCCACUUUUGUGAGUGAACCGUGUUAUUUACUCUCGCACCUGAUACCGGUUAACCAUCUCACUCCAUUUUUGUUAGAUUUUACCGUUUAUAAAUAUUUCUGGACCUCACACGUAUGCGAAGGUUUGGAACUACGGUAAUUACGACUAUAGUGUUGAUUAGAGGCAUCGAAAACUCGUUAGCCAGGCGCAUGAUAGAGUAGAACUGACUUAUGUGGGCGCAUAAGUAGGACAUGAGAACGGGAACCGCCUGCAACAUGGACGGCUUUGAGUCAACUUACAGUGAAAUUAGGGUUAGAUUUAAGGUAAGGGUUAGGGUUAAGUUAAGUAGACGGUUUAGGGUUAGAUUUAAAGUUAAUGGUAACGUAAGCCAGGAUCCAGUUUGGGGUUCAUGUAGGGGCUAGCGUUGACUGCAGAGCUAAGGUUUAGGUUAGGGUUAGGGCUAAGACUAGGGCUACGGUUUAGUUUUGUAGUAGGGCUGUUGUUGGGGUUAGGACACAGGAAUAUUUUGCCCUUUCUAGAAUUAUGCGCAGGUCCGCCUUUAUUACUUGGGCGGGACGUUCUUCUUCCAUGUCCUGUUUAAACGCCCAUACAAGUCAGUCCCACCCAUGAUAAUUCACCUAUCAUAAUCAAUAUGGCGAUCUUCUUCUAAUUUUCUUCUUUCUGGGAGAUUUUUCGUUAGUCUUGGCGGCCGACAUUGCGGUGCAUCUGAAGGUUUCGAAGUUGCCUUUUACUAAUCAUUGGUAGAGAAUUAAACCGAGAGGUAGGGUUAGUGACGCGUUGUUGAACUCAAAAUUUCCUAUUCCAGUCGCCUCAGACUUUAUUACCCAGUACUAAGGGCUUGUUCAACGCUGACUUUCUUUAUUGACAUCAUCCCUCCCAUCUUUUUGACGGAUGCGGCCACGUCUUACCAGCCUAAUAUGCGCCUUGCGUUUGCGUUUGAAAUGGACGCAUGUAUGUGUGGGGUUGAAUGCUGACAUUACGGUCUUGCAUUCUUCUCUUUCUUCCUGCUUCCUCUGUAUUUGAUAAGCUUUGAAAGUUGUUGCUCUGGUUCCUGCAUCGGGUGCUAUGCUUACAAAUUCUUUCUCUCGCUUCAAAGAUCGCAUAAAAAUUAAAUCUGCAUCGGGGUUGCAUAAAUGCUGAGCAUUUCCGUUAAUUCAAUAGGCUUGGUGUCCGGCUGCCGUGGGAACAAUUGGGUCUACCAUCUUGGCUCUUAGACUAACCCUACUCAGCGCAACGAUCGUGCGCCCCGACUUUCUGUUGAGGAGCAUUCUACAACACUUCGGAAUUUUGGGGUGAUAUCUCGUUAACAUCUCAAUUAGCUUCGAAGAUCCAAUGUUCUUCGUCAUCGCUGGUUAUGAUACAUCUCCAGAUUGUAUUCUUCAGGCAAUAAAGCUCGCCCACCAUCAGAGGCCAAUGACUGUUGACAGUAGUUAUUUGUUCAGGAUAUCUGCUAGAUGACGCUGGCUGGAGCAGGAAUGAGGUCGAUGCUAGGUUCUUCUUCGUUGACUGUUUUUGGAGUUCUCUACCUCCUGCAGAAAUGGCGGCAGAUUUAAGGAAGCGUUGAUUCCAACUUGUGAGACAGUCUGUUGAGCGCCUCAACCGAUUUACUUUUGCCAUUCGGAACGCUCAGAACUUUCUCAGCUUCGCGACCUGUGCUAGGCAGCGGUGAAGUCCCGGUGGGUUGUAAGACGUAAAUCACUUUCUCAACUGUCAAGUUUUUUAUUUCACCUGGGCCAAAAUAUCCCUUAAUCCUCUCUACUCCCACCUAAUAGAUGCUGGAUCUUUACUCCAAACCUGGUCAUAUGUGUGCACAUUCCGGGAUCUCCAUUGCAGUAGGAUUGAUUGCGUCUUGCAAUGCCCUCCAGUUGUUUUACACCUCGUCAUCUUCUUUGAUGUGCAUUUACGCAAUCAUAUUUUUCAUCCUGCUGACCAAUGUUUCCCUGAGUUCCGUAAUAGAAGCAAAGAGGCGAGUUCCAGGAAGUAGUCGCGGAUAAGGAGACACUAUCGCUGGAACAAGUGCUUUAUUAGCUUGACAUUUCGGUCCUCAAUCGAAUCCAUCAUCGGAGACAGAGUCAGAUAAGGGAUAGUGCUCGGCCAACCGCGUCCGGAGUAGUCUCUCGGCUUCUCCGCCCUAGUUGCUUUGCCCACAACUGCACGAGAUCCGGCAAACGACUGAGUUCGGUGUUGUUUUGAAGCUCAGCCUCCAGAUUCUUGAUCGUUUGCUUGCUCCGAGACCGUAUUCGUAGUCAAAUCCACAAUGUCAUUUUAGGGCCAAAUAGGCUGUGGGUGUCCUGAAUUCGUCAGCGCGCAUCCCCUUUUUCAUCACCUUCCGUCGAUCUCUGCUCACUGCCACACAUCACAGUGUUAACGAGUGACGCAAACAUCUGCGCAUUUAAGUUACUUUCAUCCGGCUGGCGAAGCUAGAGACUUAUAAGCAGACCGAUUACAGUGCAGGUCUUUAGCAGAUGGAGUUCUUCGAAGAUUCGGCUCCCGACGUCAUGAUGACUGAGUACUCCUUUAUGCAUUAUAGGGUCUGCAGCCACUCACUCAUUUAAUUCUCCGGGGAUGAGUUUGUCCGUCUUAGGCACAGAAAAAGAAGGGAAUGUCAUUGUAGGUUUUUUUCCCCACAUCGUCGCGUCUUGCCAUUGUGGAACCGUCGGCCUUUGCACUGACUACUUUCCACAGAGUGGGAACGUCAUUGUAAUGAGUCGGUUCUUAAUGCUCUUCAGGUUGGCUGGGAGUUCCCUGAUAACUAUUGCAACCUCAUCACCGCAUCCGUUGAUCUGAUAGUCACUUCAGUAGAACGCACUAUCUUCAAAUUCACUUGGCAGCCCCAGAUAUCAUGGAGCUUGAGCGGCAUGUCGUCCCGAAUGCCUUCUUCCUCGUGCAUGCGCAGAGCAUCGUCAAACCAUCAUAUUAGUUGAUUAGAAAGGACUCAGUUGACAGGUUGUCUUCCCAACCGACGAUAUCUUCAUGCGUUAGAGACGCUGCCAUAGAAACGAAUUUGGAGAAUGGAGGGCAAGCACUGUAAAUCGAAUGAUUCCAGGCGGUGUAUAUCAUGCGAAAUCGCGGAACAUGUCUCGCCAACAUGAAGGCUUUGCUUUGACAGAAGCCCUGUAUUCCCACUCAGAACUUGGUUCUCAGAUUUUACUCUGAUUUCUGAGAUUUGGACGACGUUUGACGAAAGCCGCACGCUCCUAGCUGACCUGAUGGUUGAUUUAAUUUUUACCUGACCUGUUUGGAGUUGUUGAUUUUUAGUCUCAUAGGCUCCCCCAGUGCCUAUCCAGGGCGGAGCGAAUUGCAUUUCUGUGAUCUCUUUUGUCAGCACCGCAAUUUCACCAGUGUAGUCAAUGUCCGCAAUACGUUAGUCAUGACGUGAGGUAACACCGGGGUGGUCUAUUAGCGCGUGUUGAAGGGGCCGGUAUCUCACGUAGCUAAACAAACUUCACUCACGAAUGCAGCCUUGGCGGACUGCAGAGUUGCUCUCCUCACCAUUCACAUAGACCCUGAUCCUUGUCCUGCGAUCUUGGCCUUCAGUCAAGCGAAGCGAUUUAUUCGACAUACUAUCCCAUUCUGAACCUAAGUCGAACCCUCAUAGGAACAUGACCAGUGCUAUCCUUGCAGCCGUUGUCGGCUGCUGACUCACCAUGUUCGAGCAAGUGUGCAGCUGAUCCCAUUUCGGGUGUGAACGUGGUUGGUGUGUCAGGUUAAUAGAUGUCUACGGGGGGGGGGGAGGGAGAGGGGGAGGUAUCGGAAAUGUCUGUAAAGACCAAGUGGUUCAACGCAGUGAAAUUGAAAUGCGUCCGGUCUGGCAUGGCCAGGUUUAUUUUCUGGUCAGUUAUUUAUAUAAUCACAAUUCUGUGAUAAAGUUGUCCGCGCCGUGAAUCUCGACGACUGACGUUUUGGAUACCAGGCAACUAACAUGUUUCUGGCAAAUCGUGCAUCCUGCAUCUCACCCAUUGCCUUUUUAUCUGUUUAAUUGCUAUACAUUGUUGCUCAGAGCCUCCUCUGCUACCACAGUACGUUUACUUUGCUCAAUGAACCAUUUCACUGGCGUUAGCGGUGUUGCCGUUGGUCCCACAUUUUCCCUUUUUGCCUUUCUGAAGGUGACGUAUCGGCAGCCAGCGACGCCGUGGGCAUCUCGUGUCCAGUGGCAGGAUCUGUCAUUGCUGGUGGCGACAGCUCCGAAUCUCAGCAGUUACAGCUGUCCCCUCCCACGAACGAAGACGUUACACAACAACAACAACAACAACAGGACCAACCUCCACUGAUUUCCAUUGGCCGCAUUCGGCAGGCGGUGAGCGGUUAUUUUGCAGAGCAUUCUUCAGCUGGUAGCAACAGUGUUGGCCUUGAGCCUGUGCUUCCUGUCCCACCCAAAGGAACGGUAGAAUACACUGGACCCAUGGUGAGUGAAUUUUAGUUCUUUGGUAGUGAUCGCCUUUACUCUUGUAGCUUAUCCCUACAGUCCCUGCUUUGUCACCGGUAACAACUGCCAUUCACACUGGGUUUUAUUCUCACACACAGCAAAGACCUUCAGGCUGAUAAUUAUCCAUGGUUUCUUCCUUUGCCGCUAUUGAUUGCUUUAAGUAUGCAUGUUUGUUCUCGUCUGAUUAUUAGAGUCUGAUGAUAAAUAAUUCAGCUGUCCAAGUACCAUAUCCGUUGCAGUUGCCGGAUUUCACUUUAUGUAGAAUAUAUGUUCUAUCUCGUGAAAUAUUAACUGAAAUUCUGGAAUGUUUCCGAUUGGAAAAGAUUACUUAAGUAGGCUUUUCAUAUUAAUCGCCGUGCAAUAUAUUCUCAUCACGCCAGGAUGCCGACAUUCGAAUGUGCUCCUUCCCGACUGUCUGUAAAAUCUACACGGCAAAAAAUGACUAAUUAAACGGCGUGGAUUUUUCCCAUUGGUUUUCGACACCCUUAUAGGAAACAUGCACAAAAAUAUUCGUUUGCUUAUUCGGUAGCAAAUCACUUCUUCGGAUUUUAUUUUUGAAGAGUGUCUUUCGGUCUUAAAAAAUUUUCAAUUCCCGUAUAGGUUUGAAUUUGACUGGCUUCUACACUUGCAUUUAGGGUUUCCGAACUACAAGGAAAAUCAUGAGUUUCUAUACGCUAUAAAGAGGACGUCAUAUAGGGCUCAUAAAAUGCUGAGGUUUGAGUGGACCAAGUUGUAUAGUUUACAAGGAACAUUGAUAAACGGACUGAUACGAUGCUUUGUGCAUGAAUGCCGCACAAUCUUAGAAUAUCUCAUAAUUAAAAACUUUGAAACCGAAAGAUACCCUUUCUUUAAGCAUAAGACCAGAAGAAUAUGCAGUUGACUACGAAAUAAGUACAAGAGUAUUUUGAGCAUGUUUUCUAUAAAGUGUAUUUGAAUUAAUAAUGGUAUCGAGAAGCAAUGUACUUGUACUUGGUACGACUGUCAUCAUGUCUGAUCUAGCCGGCGUGAAUGAUGCACGGACUGCACCUCCUCACACGCGGCGAUCCGCGGCAGCAGAUCUGCACAGCCCAACCUAUUUUCUUCGCCAGCGAUGGAGACCAAAUGCCGAAGGUCCAGGAACCGCUUUCAUGUCGUGCCGGACUGUGUCGAGCCGGGUUUUGAGUUGACCCCUUCGACGCCUACAAGUGGGUAACGGUGCCCGGUCGAGGGCAGCAAAACUGACCUCGUAAGAUGAGCGAAGAAGAACGUGCCCAAACCAUCGCAGUCUCUUUAUUGAAUGGCCUGGGAUAUCCUUGCGACCUUGUCUCGGCGAGUGUUGACUGUCUCAUUUGAGACGAAGUCGGUGCACUUUUCUCGGAGGAUGGUCCUUAAGCACUGGUGGUCAAGUACCUUCAGUUUGCCCUUAUCUUCCACGCGCACAACCCCGCAUUCAGAACCGUACAGAGGGACUGAGCGGGCGGAUGCACCAUACACGCAAAUCUUCGUGGCGAUGGAGAUGUCGCGUCGGCUCCAUAGACACUUUCGAAAGAUCGCGAAAAACCGACGAGCAUAAUCGAUUCGGGAGACAAUGUCAUCCUUACUCCGUCCAUUUGGCAAGAGUCUUGGCCUUGAUCAUGGCAACGAUUUUGGUCAGCAUGCUAUCUAAUUUACCGAUACAAACGAAGAUGCGAGUUCCAGGAACUAGUUGAUCAUAAGAAGAAACGAUCGCUGGAGCAAGGUCUUUAUUCGCCUGACGUUUCGGAUUCUCACCUGAAUCCAUCAUCAGAGACAUCUGCUACUGUCUCUGAUGAUGGAUUCAAGUGAGAAUUCGAAACGUCAGGCGAAUAAAGACCUUGUCCCAGCGAUCGCUUCUUCUUCUUGUUCUUCUUCUGAUUCUAUCUAAUUCCAUUGUUCGCCACGGGACUCACGAUGGACGAAAUCGAACGCAGCAGCGAAGUCAACAAAGCAGACGACCUCCUGUUGUUGGUAGCUGUGGCGGAAUUCGAGAAUGCACUUCAGUGUGAAUAUCUAGUCGACACAUCCACGCCUAGCUUGGAAUCUGGCCUAGAAUCGUCUGCGAAAGACAACGGUGAAGACCUUCGCAGCAAUUUCAAUGAGGCUUAUACCACGGUGGUUCUCGCAUCUAGUCUAAUCACACUACUUGAAGACGAGUACAAGGAUUCCCGAGCCUCAGUCAUCAGGGACGACCUCAUCUCUCUAUGCUUGUUUAAUCACUUCAUGGUACCAGCGCGCCAGAAUGUCGACACAAGACGUGAAUUUCGACCGGAAUACGGUUGUGUCCGCAUGCCUUGUUGCGCAGCCUUUGUAUUGCAUUAGCGACUUCUGCGUCAGAAGGGGGUAGCAUGACAUCGUAGACUGAAGAGGGAUAAAACUCCGCUACAAAGACGAGCGAGGAUGUGAUGGGUUGUUCAUCAAAGUUGAGAAGGUGCUCCAAGUGCUCACGCCAACGAUCGACCUUGGUCGAGUUGACAGUACUAAAGCCGCCAUUCGCACCGCCAAGAGUCGCUCAGUGUCGAAGGCUUACUACCAGCUAUGCGGAUAAUUGAGUAUGGUUUUCGAGUGUCACCAACGUUUGAGGCCUGCUCUGUGUAGGUCACCGUUCAGCCCAAUGGCCGAUUUAGCCGUCAUUUUCCGGCGUUGCCUUGAUGAAUCAUUAUUAGGGGAUCUGA